ACUGGGAGUGUUUCGCAAACACUAUAUACUUGUUCCUGGUUUCGUUGGAUGUUUCAGUGACCGGUACAUAUCUUACGGCACCUAUGGUGCUUGUACGCUUUGCCUACAGAGUGGUUUGGAUUUGGGUGCACGAUCUCGCUGCCACUGAUACGGGAGUUUGGGCUACAUCAUUAUCCGUCAGAUCGAGCGACAUGAUAGGUACGGGAAUGCGUUGGCACGAUAUAUUAUGGGGACGUCAGGAUAGCAGAAGAAACUACCUGGAGACAUUCGGAGCUGUUUUCGGGCAAGGACUUUUCCAAGAAAAGUAUUCGAUCAAGCGAGGCAACGAUUAUGCUUGCAUUACUUGGGACACAACAGUAUGCUUUUUUACCUUUCCAUUUUCAUUCUCUCCUUUCCCACCAAAAGGCAAAGCAAGCGGGUCACAGGGUCUGUUUUUUCGGGUUUCUGGGUCUGAGCUUUUGUUUCUGUUUACGGGUUUUUUUGACAAACUUUGUGUUUUUUUUGUCAAGCAUGUUUGGGAUUCACUCUCUUUCCUCUUUUUUGUGAUGUUGCUCUGGACGCAGCUCUACUCUUUUCUUCGGUCUUUCUGCAUCUGGCAUUGAGGUGGAGUUUUGAGUGCGUUGUUUUUUUGUUGCUGGUGCUCUUGCUGUUGUGUCCUUUUUUGUGUGUGAGUUUGGAAGGAUGGUCCCCCCGGAAUGGCAAUGGAUAUGGGCAUUUUUGCAUGUAUAGAUAGAUGAGGUUCCGGUAGGCGCUCCCCCUUUGUGUGCCCGGUAUUUGGGAACCAGGGGUACGAGCGGCAGAAAAAAAUGAAAGAAAAAUCGCAAUAACCCUUUGGUACCGCGUUUGUUAUGGAGAUGGAUGCAAGAGGUGGGCUAGCCAGUCUCGAGAUUUAUCGAUCGCGCUCCAUUUGAGUGGUCUAUUGGAAAGGAAGAAGAGUCUAA